GUGCGUGAUUUGAGACAAUUAAUCGCCAGCAAUGAUAAUUUACCAACUGAGAACUUGCGUCUUAUUCUACGUGGAAAUGCAUUAUGUGAUGUGAAAAAUGAAAAUGAUGUACAAGUACAACUCAAUGAUGGAGAUUGCCUAAUUGUUGCUGUCAAACCAAAGCCACCAGUGAAGGAUGGAUUUGACAAUGAAGAUGAUGAUGAUGAUCUGAAAUUUCGUCUUCCACGUUCAUCAAGUCGGUGGAAGAAGAGGCUAUACUCAUUUCUACAUGAUAACUUGAAGCUUCCAGAUAUUAUCCUGAUGGUAAUCUUCAACCUGACUCUGAAGGCAUGGAUGAUCAUAAUUAUGUGGUUUAUCCUUGCACCUGUUGCCCAUAGAUGGGAUCUUGGACCUUUGUAUAUACUUGCAACUGGCUUUUGUCUCAUUCUCUUCAAUCUUGGAAAGCGGCAAGCUGGUGACAUCAGUGCAUAUUCUAUCUUCAAUGAAGACUUUAGAGAGCUUCCAGGGACGCUUAAUGCAGAUCGGCUUGAUAGAGAUAUAAGAGCUGGACAGUUUUGAGGCCCCUCUUUGAAACUUCUUCCAAAUCCAAAACACUGAUGAUGUCAUGUGACAUAUAAAUGUAUAUCUAUCUACACAAUCCCAAGGAGGUUUUGACUUUUGACUAUAGCCAAAGAGUUAGCAAAUACGGUACCUGUUUUUAGCUGUUUUGUAGGUGAAGUACCAUGAAGAUGACAAAGUUUUCUGUGUAGUUUUGACCCUUUUUCAGGUUCUUCCUAGUAUAUCACCGUACCAUGUAUUGAUAUGUGCUUAAAAAUUAAUAUUUAACUA